AUGGCUGGGACUGUCUUGGGAAAGCGCGCUCGUGUUGAGUCGGAAGCAUUGCCGGUGCGGACCGCAAGCAAGCGCCGAACAAUUGUCCCCCGAUCCCGACAAGAACCUGCCCCCGCUCAGCCCUUACGACGGACGAGGUCAACUGUCAAGAAAGCUCUUGAACAACCCGAUCAAGAAAACGGCAAGGAGAAAAUUGUCUCAGAAGUUUCAAAACAUACCCUCCGCGAUGACGAGCCCCAUUCUCCGGUUAAGGCCAAUACGCAUGUACAGAUCCCAGAAUCAGUGGAUGAAGAACCUACAAAGCCCGCCGAAUUCAAGACACCUUCGAAAUCACGAUUCCGGGAUGCCCUACCACACUCUCCGGUCACACCUAGACAUCGGGUCCAGGUGGGCGCAAAGGCUUUAACACCAAGGACCCCCCGCCAUGCGGAUCUUCCGCCGACCCCACGACAGAGUGCUACUCCAACGAUCACUCAGCAAACGGUGUACUCUCAAGCAAGACAGUUGUUCGCUCGUGGUGCUACCUCCGGUCGCUUAGUGGGAAGAGACGCAGAGCGAGAGAAAUUGGUUUCUUUCAUCACAGAGGGAGUGAAGUCGCGCAAUGGAGGCUGUCUUUACGUCAGUGGCCCCCCAGGGACUGGAAAGAGUGCCAUGGUCCAGGAAGUAUGCGCAGACCUCGAUCUGUCCGAAGUGAGGGUGUCGCAUGUCAACUGCGCAAGCAUGCGAGUGUCUCGAGAUGUCUACAGCAAACUCAUCCUAGAUUUUUGCGAGGAUACAGACGUGUUCAAGAAGAGCGAGGCGGAUCGUUUGAAGUCCAUGUUCAUUCCGUCCAAGAAAGGACAGGACAUGUUCUUGGUCACCCUGGAUGAGAUUGAUCACCUACUCAAUGGCGAUUCUGGGGUGUUACAGUCUCUGUUCGAGUGGUCCUUGCAAAGCAAUUCCAAGCUGAUGCUCAUCGGUAUAGCCAACGCACUGGACUUGACUGACCGCUCACUUCCACAACUCAAGGCUAAGAACCUGAAGCCCCGUUUGCUACCGUUCUUGCCGUACAGCGCCACAUCUAUCGCAAAUGUCAUGACAAAUCGUCUUCGAUCAUUGCUCCCUCCCGGGACAGAGUCCGACCCGAAGCUCGUCCCCUUUGUUCAACCAGCUGCCAUCCAGCUUUGUUCAAAGAAGGUAGCCUCGCAAACUGGUGACCUGCGCAAGGCAUUUGAGCUUAUCAAACGAGCGAUUGAUGUUAUCGAACAGGAGACUGUGCAAAAACUAGAGAAGCAAGCCAUGGAGCCCGAGAAUGUGUCGAUCCUGGCGGAGAAUACCAACCUUUCUUCGCCUGUCAAAGGAGCUGCUGCUCCCAAGCCAACAUCGAUGUCAAGCUACACUGUCAUUACGGCGCCCCGAGCCAGUAUUGCACACAUUGCCCGAAUUACAUCCGCAGCCUUCGGUCAAGGUACCGUUCAAAGACUUCAAAGUCUAAAUCUCCAGCAAAAGGCUGCAGUUUGCUCCUUGAUUGCACUUGAACGGAAACGUCGUCAAUUUGAGGUCCCAAGCACACCUUCCAAGUCACGAUCCUCAGCACCUACUGUGAAACAAGCCUUCGACACAUAUUGCACCUUGUGCCGCAACGACAACAUCCUCCAUCCCUUGACUGCCACCGAAUUCAAGGACGUUCUCAGCAACUUGGAAACCAUGGGCUUAGUUGGUGAGUACCAGGGCCGCGGCCGCGGUGGAACUGUGGCAGGUGGCACGGAUAUCCGUCGUACGCCCUCAAAGUCAGGCCACGCACCAUCAACACCUCACAAGGCGCUGGACGAACAAGGUCUUGUCUGCUUCGUCUCCCAGCAGGAAAUCGAGAGCCAGAUCGUCGGACCUGGGGAGGGAAUCCUUCGGCGCCUACUCCGUGGCGAGGGGAUCUGA